AUGGAAAUACCAAGAAUGCAUUUUACUUUCUUUAUCAAAUUUAUUGAUUCGAAUUUAUAACUUACAAAAAUCAAAUAAGGAAUAUGGAGAACUUAGUGUUAAUUAUAUUUACAUUUAAGUUAAUAUCUGCUUAAUUUGAUUAUGUUUCAAUCAAAAUUUCAUAAAUUAAUAAUUACAAUUUAUGUAAUUUAUAUUUUUAUAUAGAAGAAAAAUUAAAGUAUAUAAAAUAAUUAAACAUUAAGGAUAAAUGGAAUGAUCUUUUUCAUUUUAUAAUUUUACUGUAAUUCUUGA